AAAAUGAGUCAUACAUAUGUGAAGCCCCUAAAUAGAAACGUCGAGAAAUUUAAAAUCAACAAGCAAUGCGUCUUCAGCCCUGGUAUUGCUUAUCAACUGCUACAGCUGAUGGCAACUCGUCGUUAUUCCGCAAUUUUAAACAGUUUAAUUCAGAAAUUUAAUGUACAACAAUGUUGGAAACACUCAACAACGAUUGCUGGUUGGAAAUAAACAAAUGUUUAAGCCUAAAAGACCAAAUCGCGCUGUAUGAAGCAUUUAAAGGCAUUUCAAAUAACUUGAUGUAUGAUGUGGCCUUUGCCUGGGAACAUCAACGCUGCUUUUCGCUUGAUCCUGAUUGCUAUGAGAAGUUUGAAGAGAUGCCAGAAUUGUUGGACAUAUUUUUGUCCAGCAUUAAAGCCACACUAAAGUUCCUCAGACUUUGGGAAAACUACACAUUUCCCAGCAUGAAAACGCUGGAGUACACAUUGGAUGAGGAUUGGGCAAAUGUUUCUAAUGCCGACGCCGAUGAAGCUCUAACAAUUAUGACAAAAAUAUUUCCUGGACUACAGAGUGUGAAACCGUAUGGUGGAUUCGAAUGCAGCACUCUGGUGAAAUUCACGCAGUUGCGUCAACUAGAUUUGAGCGAUUGGACAAUAGAUUAUCUGCCCUAUCAUUGUCCCGAAGAGUUAGCAACGUGUCCAUUGAUAGAAAAGUUAAUAAUUCCGAUUUUUUUGUAUUUCCCUGAAGUGUAUGAAGGGCUCAUGGCGUUGCCAAAGAUGCAUACAGUUUCCUUUUACCUGAAUGGUCAAGAUGACAUUUUAGCUGCAAUGCUGGAGAAGCGAGGCAAUGACGUACAAAAAAUGACCUUUAACCAUUCCAUCUGGAAGUUCAGUGUGCCCACGUUGCACAAAUUGAGGAACUUGCGCCAAUUGACAUUGCUAAACGAAAACCGUCUUAAGUCCGACAAACUACUCAAAGUGAUUGCGAAUUUGAAACAGUUGGAGCAACUUGAUCUCAUCAAUUACCAAAUGAUAUUGUGUGAAGCAGCGCUGUGGCAAACUGUUGAUUGUAGCCCAUCGCUAAAGAUCCUGAAUAUAUCGAACAUGUAUUUGAAAAAGGAUUUUUACGAUGUAAACCGAUGUGUCAUGGAGAAGACAUUGAACCAUCGCUCUCAGGAUUUAAAAUUGCAUUGCCACAACACAGGUGAAAACGAGAAGCUGAUCCGCCAGCUCUUUAAGCAUCCACGAUUGAAGCUCUCUUUUGAGCCUUUAAAACCGCAUGACAUGUUAUAACUUUUAACAAAUUCAUCAGAAAGCUAUCGAUUUCUAUAGCAGUUUAAUUUCAUCAGCCGCUCUAUUGACAUUUUUGACAGUUAACAGUUAAAUUUAUAUAUUUAAUGUACAACAAUGUUGGAAACACUCAACAACGAUUGCUGGUUGGAAAUAAACAAAUAUUUAAGCCUAAAAGACCAAAUCGCGCUGUAUGAAGCAUUUAAAGGCAUUUCAAGUAACUUGAAACUUGUGGUCUUUGCCUGGGAACAUCAACGCUGCUUUUCGCUUGAUCCUGAUUGCUAUGCGAAGUUUAAAGAGAUGCCUGAAUUGUUGGACAUAUUUUUGUCCAGCAUUAAAGCCACACAGGAAAUAAUAUUUUACAGGCUUAAUCUGGAGUUCCUCAGACUUUGGGAAAACUACACAUUUCCCAGCAUGAAAACACUGGUGUACAUAUUGUAUGAGGAUUUUCCAGACGCCGAUGUCUCCGAUGAAGCUCUAACAAUUAUGACAAAAAUAUUUCCUGGAUUACAGAGUGUGAUACCGACUGGUGAUUUCGAUUGCAGCACUUUGGUGAAAUUGACGCAGUUGCGUAAGCUAGAUUUGACCGAAUGGAUGCCGGAUUCUACGCCCUAUCAUUGUAUCUAUGAGUUAACCAAGUGUCCUUUGAUAGAAGAGUUAAGACUAAAAUAUUAUGAACAUUUUACUGAUAUGUAUGAAGCUCUCAUGGCGAUGCCCAAGAUGCAUACAGUUUCCUUUUACAUGUAUUACCCAGAUGACAUUUUAGCUUCAAUCCUACGGAAACGUUUAUUAGAUGUCCAUAAGAUAACCUUUAGCCAUUGUAUCUAUAUGUUCAGAAUGCCUAAUUUGCAUAAAUUGAAGAACUUACGCCAAUUGACAUUGCUGCACGAAAUCAGUUUUCCUUGCGAUAAACUAAUCGAGCUGAUUGCGAAUUUCAAAGAGCUGGAGCAAUUGGAUCUCAUCAAUUCUGGAAUGAUGUUAAAUGAGGCAGCGCUGUGGCAAACUGUUGACUGCUGCCCAUCGCUAAGGAUCCUGAAUAUAUAUAACAUGCAUUUGAAAGAGGAUUUUUUCAAUGGUAAUCGAUGUGUCAUGGAGAAGACAUUGAGCAAUCGCUCUCAGGAUUUAACAUUGAAUUGCCACACCACACGUGAAAUUGAGAAGCUGAUCCGCCAGCUCUUCAAGCAUCCACGAUUGAAGCUCUCUUUUGUGCCUUUACCGCAUGACAUCGAUGGUAGCAGGAUAAAAGUGCAUUUUGAGCCUUUGCUGCCAUCAUAAGAGUCAAAUAUAUAUGUGACAACUUUUUAAGACUUUUGUUUUGACUGUUGAAACAUUUGUGAUAAGAUGUGCAAUUUUAUAAAUCGAAUA